AUGGGGAAAAGGGACGACAUAUGUUCCUUCCUUGGAUAUGAAAAAGAUAACCCAACGAAAGAUCGUCGGAAUCUGUUAAAAUCUACUUCUGCGUUUUUGGCCGAUUACGAAGCUCGUGGGAACAAGGUUUAUGGUAGGAAAGCCGAGUCUAUUGGAAGUCGACUGUGUGCUGUGAAUUUUCUCGAAGAAGAAGGUAGAGGGGACAGGUUUUGGCCGCCAACAUCAGAUGGAAGCCUCGUUUACGAACAAGCUCGUGAUAAAGAAAUUAUUAUCGAUCAUGUAGCCGAUCUAUUUCUCAUCCACGCAAGAUCCAACUAUAGCAAAUUGCAUGCGAAACGGAGGAGCCAAAAACACAAUGCUACCUCCCCACCAUCAAAUGUUUACAAUGAACGUAUUAGCAACAAACGCUCGGCCUUGAGUACUCCUGAAGAAGCGUACUUGGAAGAUGAAGAGCCACAAUUUACUUAUAGUUCAUCUUUAAUGACCAUCAAGCCAGAAUUAUGCCUUACACCAUGGUUAGAUCCGCCAAAAAGAUUUGACCGUAACGUGGCUAUGCCGUGGGCAGAGCGUAUUGACCCCAAAAAUCUUCCAGAUCCACCAGUCCGAUUGGGAAAGGAUUGGUUGUCACAGAAAAGCGUACAAUGGCCCAGUGCAGUUGAUAAGGAAAUUCAGUACUUUAUGCAUAGAUGGUUAUUUUAUUAUACGAAUGAAUUAGAGAAUGGCACAGAUGAUGGGAUUCAAAGCCUCGUGAGCCUCUUGAGAAAGAAAGAGGGCACAGGUGCGGAGCUCGACAGCACGCAACUUCGAGAAUUCAGAAAGCGAAUUAUCGAUAGAGUGAGACAUUGGACAGAGACAUUCAUCAAUCACCAGUUUGUCGAAUUACAAGCCGACGGUGUUCCUCAGAUGACCGCAAGAUUUCGCGCAAUAUGGACAACCUUAAAGUAUGACGCGCCGACCCCUCGCGUCAGUAAUCGCAGACGUAGUGUUGAAGAAGAAAUGCCGCCAGAGACCCAUCGCAAGCGACGAAAACUUUCGAAGAAAUGUGAAGAAAAUGCGCUAGAUAGUAGUAGAUCCAAGAGAAAGCCUUGGACCGAGAAUGCAUGGAGACGCAAGACAAUUCCACCUCCCGCGGACAUGACUUUUCCGAAUCUGAUGUCGAGAAAAAGCUCCAACAUCGAUCCCGUGACCGUUAUGGUGACGACUCGGGCCAGUGUUAACGAAGAAGACAGUGAUGAAGAGAGAUUUCAAAAGUGCGAAGUACAUGAUGGGUCUGAGCACACGAUCCGAGAUUCAAAGAUUUCCGUUGAGAUACCCUCACCUUCCAAAUCUAACAAAGCUGAUGUGUUCAUCAAGAUGGAAGAGGAAUCUGCUAUAGAGGUGUCACAGCUAGGGACGGCAGUCAUCGAAGUAUUGGACGAUGAGCGAUCCAGCGAAGCAACAAAAGUAGUAGUGCCUACUCAAGGGGCAGUCAUCAAACCCCCAUCUCCAAAUCCAGAUGAUACAAUGGCACUUGAGAAAACGCCUCCACAUGUGCAGGACAGCAUGAAAGGUCCCGAAGCCAAGUCAACUCUUUCAUACCAAUCAAGCAAUACGUCAGAGAGUCGAAAUCUCUUAUCACAGUCUGACAUGCCAGAUGCCAUUGUCAUGCCAAACCAAUCAUCGAAAAUAAUCGCAGAUGGUCCUCCAAAGGACAAGGUGAUCGAUGCUCAAGCAGAAUUAAUUGACUCUUAUCAAUUAUCAACCCAGGUUGAGCAUUCGAGUCAACUUUUACAGACUGCAACCACACCUUCGUCUCCAAAAGUCGAAGGAGAUCUAGAAUUUCGUAUCGAAGUGAGCACUCAGCCGACCGACCUUGACGGGAAAGACUUGACCGAAGCGUCCAUUCCAAAGCAAUUAAAAGAAUCGGUCGAUGAGCCUCGAAUCGCCGUCGCAACGAACCAUCAAACUUUGACCGAAAUUGAGGAUCACAAUGUCUCGGAUUCUAUCACCCCACCAGAGACUCAAUCGUCAGAAACCCCAAGAAAAUAUGGCCCUUUCAACGACAUUAAGAUUUUGAACCAGCUUUUCUCGACCAAUGGCUCCCGAACCACAGAUACCCACCGACAGCGUGGUACUUCUAGCAUUUCACCAACAUCAAGCGCUGAUAAGCAUACACAUGAAAUGGACAAGAAUUCCUUUCCGACAAACGCAACCCAGAAGCACGUAUUGCCACAAGCCUCGUCAUCGAUCGAACUUGCUCCAAAAGAAGGUUUUGAAAAGCUGUCGGACCAGGGCGAAAUACCCAUGACUAAUAAAGCAUCCAUGGAGGGUUCAAGUACGUCGUCGCAAAGUGCAAAGACUGACACGCCUCAAUCUAGUCAUUCCAUUCAGAUUUCCUUGUUAGAUGUUCUAGAAACAAGGCAGAAAGUGUUCGAGAACAAUGGUUCUAGUUUGACACGAACCCCCUUGCCGUCAGGUCCAUUGACGUCUGAGACCGGUCAGGAAACUUCAAAUCUGUUGCCUAUUGUCGGGCAAGCUAUAACGACCGCAUCUGAACACCCCAAACCAAAUAUAUUAUCUCAAAUACCACCUCGGAAUCCUGUCCAGGAAACUCAAGCAGCCUUUCGUGAUUCAUUGGUUUCAGGUUUCCAACCUAUAAAUCGGCCGAUAUCUAGUCUUGCUUCACAAGCUCCCCCCACUCCCAUUUCUCAUAGUUUUCCGGGUGUACAUAAUUCAUUGAUUGCGCCACAAGAACCUCGAGAUCAACGACACAACCAGCAGAUACAUGAGACGCCAAAAGCGAGUGAAGCCAUAUUCUCACAAAAUCAUACAAGGGAACUAGGCAGAUCAUCAGAUCCCUCCUGGACCAGGAACGUCAAUCUCAACUCAUAUCCGGUGAACUCUCAGAAUGGCGUCUAUCCUAUGGCCUUUGUUAGUAAACCGACCGCAUCAAACGUGUGGAUGCAAGAAAACUCCCGAAAAAGGCAGUCAGAGCGAACGUAUACCAAGCCUCGGAAAACAAGAUCAAGAAAGAAGUCAGCGCCAUGCGAGAAGCCGACUACGGAUUCUGGAACUCUUCAAUACACACUGGCUUCAUCAGCUCCCGCGACCCAAAAUGUAACGCCUUCUGUGAUGCAAACACAAUCUCCGCGACAGCCUGGAUAUGACCAAGAGUGCUCUCCCAAGCCACCACAUCCAGAACUCAUCACGCAUCUGAGAAUUAUGGACGAAAAGAUGGGUACGAAUUCUGGAGCAUCUUAUCAGCACCAUCUCAGGACAAUUAAUUCUCCGAUAUUCUCAAAUCAUCAGUUGAAUACUCGUGGUCGGAAUCUAGAUCAGAAUUUGGCGACAACCUACGAUGCCAGGCAGGAGCAAAAUAUCUUGAACCCCCUCGUCUUACAAGAUAAGAUGCAUUCAGAGCGAAAGCGAUCGUCAGAGGAUUGGGAUACUACUAAGAGUCCUGUGGGUAUGCAUCAUGCGACUUCUGUUGAGUCUCCAGCACAGUCCCAGCGAGCUUCCAGCAUGUCGCAAAAACGACCGUCACUCCCCGAAAAUAUACAAAUCUCUCGCAUGGAGCAAGAGAGGUUUCAGCACGGUAUGCAAAAAAACAGAAGAUUGCCCAAUGCUGGGGAAAAUAAACUUGACUCUCAAAAUGGCAAGCAGGAGAUGCCCAACCUUCCGAAACUUGACAUACAAAUCAAAAUCAAUCCUGGGGCGACUACAGCUCGGAAUCAAGUGCAGUUUAAGGAGACUUUUCAAAGCAGAGCUGACAUUGAAACUCGUAAUCAGCGGCCCGAAUCUGCAAAUAUGGGUCAGUCCGAAUCAGUGCGUCUGCGAGAGACGGAAACGAGGCAUGGUGCUCCUAUUAGUAGCGGAGCGGGGCAUAAGAUCUACAAAAGCCCUUCACUGUCAAGCCCCAAGACAUCACAAUUUCUCAAGGACCUACAGGGGACGCAAGAUAGAGUUUAUAAUCAUGUCCAACAGUCAAACUCAGCACAAACCAACCAGCAUCUCAACCAACAGUCACAAGGGCCGAAGACUCAUAGCCAAAUUCAAGUCAACUCUUCCUCUCCAGAACUGUAUCGAUCGCAGGACCCAUGGUGGAACUCGUUAGCUACUGAUUAUAACAUCUCCACAAUUCCCAAACAGCCAUCAAGAUAUGCCCCGCAAACUGAUACCAAUAUUUUACACAAUCGCACGAUGAGCAACACUACUCCAGUCUCAAUAGUACCGGGUGCUUCACAGGUCCAAAUAGGAGGUCCAGGGUCACUACCUGACACGAGACAAGUUGCACCCCAAGCAACAGAACGUCCGCAGUCCACAGGAGGUCAGGCAUCCAAAGUAUCUUACCAAGCACCAGAGAGCCAAUGCGCCAAGUAUCCUUCAACAAAGCCACCUAGUACAGAGCUCUCACCGGGGCAAAGUUACUCCGUUAAUGAACAUGCGACACAGUCGUCACAGACUCAGCAGUUUAAUCCAUCGGGUCAAAUUGCGCAAUCGCAAUUUGGCGUUCGACCCUCAACUUCUCAAAAUGAAUUCUCAAAGCAAGCUCCGAGUGAGUCGUCGAACGAAAGCACACCAUCACCGGCCAGCCAGUCUCAUCGGCCUGUAACUCAAGCUUUGAAUCGUCCUCUCACAUCAUCGAAAAGUCAAUACAAGAACAACGCGACCAGUCAGCCACCAAAUACACAAACACUUACCUUUUAUCGUCAAGCUAUCAAUCAGCAUCCUGUUCAAUCCACUAUCAACCACAGUCCAGUGACACAAAAUCAGUUUGUCAAUCGCCCCCCUACGCAAUUUUCUCCUGUACAGGCGUCAUUUCCCCGGAACCAAUAUACUGGCCCAUCUCAAACACAACAAGAUUCUACAGCUCCGGGUUCUUACAAUACAGAGCAUGUUGGACAACAGAGAGCAACUUCACAGUGCCAGUAUCCAAAACGGCCACAGCAACUGCAACAGCCAGCUGAGCCACAAAAUAAUACGACGCACCCACAGAAGAAAAUUUACAAUGAGCAGAAUCUUCUUGAUCAUACACAAAGUAGAUUGAAUAGCUCGAGUCCUCGAACUGUAAUAGAUUUAGUCAGUGCAUCUCCAAUGCAGUCCCCAACAAUCCAGAUCCCUGCAUCUCAAUCGUCAUUAGCAACUACGAUGUCUGCUAUACUAAACCCUAAGCUUCCGCCAACGCCGCCAACGCCGCCAACACCAGCUAUCGUUCCUACUACUGGGUCAGAUUCCAUGUCAAAGUAUCCACCCAAUACCCAAUCUAUGUCUGGAAACCCUCUGGAAAAACAAACCUCGGCCGUUGUACCCACUCCCAAGAUUAAUAAUACUUCUCGUCAUUAUCAUCCAGCCAUAUAUUCUCCACAGCAGCAAACAGCCGUUGUAAACUCUACGCCUAAAAUCGACACCACAUCUCAAUACUCGCACCCCACCCAAUCACUAGUUACGCCACAACAAACACCGACAACACCUCAAGGGGCGGGGCCGAAACUCGACUUCUAUCUCCAACGGUCCAGUUCCCUAAUUGACACCAGUAUUUCUUUCUCUUAUCAAUACAUGGAAUCACUCUCCUUGUUGAAUUUGUUCGCAUUUUUCUCUCAACGCUCCGGUAUACCUCUAGAGAGAUUAGACGACCUUACCUUCCGAUGCAUGUUUGGAGAAUAUCAACAAUUCGUGAUUGGAAAGAAUAUGGGAGACGGAGAGUGGAAGCGAGUACGAAAGAGAAUAUGGAGGAAUUGGGACAGAGAUGUUAAAUCUGCGAAACAAACUGGAGAUGAUGAAGAUGACGAAUUUUGGGAGGUUAACAUUUUAAUUGGUAGAUGUGCAUAG